GCGGGCAGAAGGAGAUAUACGCCGUAGGGGCCAUCACGGGAUCCCAUUGCUCCGAGAUGGCAACCUCGUCCGCCGGCACCGUCGUCUAGAUACUCCCCGUUGUCCAUCUAUCCCUGGGUUCCAUCGCUCCUUUCGCAUCUGUAUUUUUAUGCCAUUGACACGAUAUGUCCUCCUCAACCCCCAAUUCCGUUCGGGGCGGUCGCCUAGAACAAGCGAUCACCAAUCCAGGAGCUGUCAAGAUUAACGUCAAAGGCGCCUUUAUUGUUGAUGAUGACCCCCGAUCCAAGAGUCCUGUACGGACGGAUGGCGUUCAUUAUGAGGGCCAUGAUAUUCGUCUUCCUCAUCACACUGGCCUGGUGAGCCAUGUUGCCGUGGAUAUUGGCGGAUCGCUGGCAAAACUGGUUUACUUCACACGAGAGCUGGACUCUGUUGACAAUGGUGGCCGACUAAACUUCAUCAAUUUCGAAACCUCCCGCAUUGAUCUAUGCAUUGAGUUCAUCAAGCAACUGAAAGAAGAACACGAGAAGCUCGGGGGCCCUUCUGGAGAUGCUUUAUGUGUCAUGGCUACGGGUGGAGGUGCAUACAAAUACUACGAUAAGCUCAAGGCGGCCCUUAACGUGAACAUCAUCAGGGAAGAUGAGAUGGAGUGCCUUAUUACGGGCCUUGACUUUUUCAUCACCGAGAUCCCCAACGAGGUCUUUACAUACAGUGAACUCGAGCCGAUGCAGUUUGCCGAGGCCCGACCGGAUGUCUACCCGUAUCUAUUAGUCAACAUUGGCUCUGGUGUGUCGAUGAUCAAAGUGUCGGGUCCCAAGCAGUUCCAGCGUGUGGGUGGUACUCACCUCGGCGGUGGCACAUUCUGGGGUCUGAUGUCAUUGCUGACUGGGGCCCGGACCUUCGACGACAUGCUGGCAAUGGCGGACCGGGGGGAUAACAGCGGGGUGGACAUGCUAGUCGGUGACAUUUACGGCAUGGACUACACCAAGAUUGGGCUUAAGCAUACCGCCAUUGCGAGUACUUUUGGCAAGGUGUUCCGCAUGAAGAGUGAAGCAGAGUCAAAUCAAGUGGACGGGGAAGAUACUUUCCAAGGUGAACCCAGCGAAAGGAAUGGCGAGCCGACAUUCCAGUUCGAAGACAUGAGCAGGAGCCUACUUUAUGCCAUCAGCAACAACAUUGGACAAAUUGCGUAUCUGCAGUCCGAGAAACAUCAAGUCAAGCACAUCUAUUUUGGCGGCUCAUUCAUCCGGGGCCAUCGACAGACCAUGAAUACCUUGUCUUACGCCAUCAAGUUCUGGUCCAAGGGCGAAAAACAAGCUUAUUUCCUGCGUCACGAGGGCUAUAUUGGUGCCGUUGGCGUGUUCCUCCGCAGGCAGCCAGCCAACUGGGGACGCAGAAACAGCGUCGACGAGACCACAAUGCCGCAGGUGGCCAAGGCUGUAGCCGAAUUGCAGCAGAAAGCUGAUUCUCAAGAGCAAUCGUGACGAAGACCCAUGCCAGCAUGUUCCCAUCAACAUCAUACUGGACGAGCCGUGUCCAGUUCCAUCAUUUUGAGCGUUUGAUACCCGUUGAUUGUGUCGAUUAUGUGCUUGUUAGACUGGCAUUCUUAUGCUAGUAUAAUCCUCGAGCCUGUUCCGAAGUUUGAUGGCAUCUGUGUUUCGGUGCCUUCAGAUCAGGUGGGAACAUCCCCGAUUGUAUGGUUUUUUUUUCCUCUACUUUCCUUCUUAUCAGAAUCGCUCUUUCGGAUUUCUGUGGAGAAUUCCUUCUACCCACCAGGGCAGGCAUUACGCAUAGUUUUCUUUUCCGUUACUUCAGGCUGGCAUCCUUCGAUUGCAUAGAAGGGUAGAGCAUAAUAAUAUAUAGAAAUAAACGUCGGCCAGCAUCUGUAUUCCGACUAU